AUGCGGGAGGACGGGAGGAUUCUCGGUGUGCGCGACGUCUGCCGCCAACAGGGUCUGCCAUCGCAUCCCCAGAUGUUGCCGUUUGUUAUGGUGCACAUUUCGAUAACGACUACCGGGAUCCGAUAUGGUCCCCGUGUUGGACAAGCGCAUCUACCACGUGGUUCAUUUGGGGGGUAAACAUACAUAGAUACAUGAAACGACAAUUCGACCGUCGUUGUCGACAAUGCCCACCAUGUGCCCCAGAGAAAGGUGGUGCAGAGACGGUGACUUGUGUGUGAAUUAGUUUAUAGUGGUAAUAGACUUGCGAUGCAUCUACCGCACUCUCUCCUCCACACCUGGACCCGGUGUAAAGACACAUUCGGGAAGGCUGGAGGCGGGAGAGGACACGCAGACAAGGACCGCACCUAGGCGUACUACCACACACUCUAGUCCACAACAAACAAUUGGCUAGGAUUCUACCAGCAAAUAACAGUGAUAGAAGCGAACAGGCGAGUUCCAGGUAGUAGUUCAGAAGACGAAGAUGUGAUCACUGGAUCAAGAAAUUUAUUGGCCUGACGUUUCGUAUUCUCACUCGAAUCCAACAUCAGAGACAGUCGCAGAUAAGGGUAAUGGUGGCGCAAGGAGUGCAGUAUUUAUAGCACGUGGCUGCCGUGCGACCAUAUGCGCACUGUAAUUAACAGCUCCCGCAAUCACAUCUGGGGUCAUAAUUGAUGCGGUGGUGGCUUUUCAGUCCGCGUCCGAGUAGUUAAUGGCCGCGAUUUCGUCAUCCGUGCUCGAUGCUGGUGUGACGAUUGCUCGGCAAACUGGCUCACUGUCACCGUGAUAAUUGCUCACCCGCGCCCUCCCCACGUGACUGAUUCUCCUGCCCAGGGAAAAUCGCAAAACGGAAUAGGCCACCGGGAGGUCAUUGUGUUUGUUGAUGGAUUGCGGGCCUGAGAACCAUGACUCGAGCAGCUCGCGGCUCACGCGGUUGUCACCCCUUGCGAGGAUUUCGGCCUCUUGAAAUUUGAAAUUAUGACCGGGUCCCGUCGAGUGUGCCGCCACCUGAGAGCUAGCGUCUCCCCGCCUCACCGCUGCUGCGUGCUCGGCAAUUCGCGUACGGAGUAAUCUCCCAGUUUCUGCGACGUAGUUGCUUUGUCCGCAACUACACCAGAUCCGAUAAACGAUUCCAGACGUUUUCUACCGCGACAGUGGGUCGAGCGAUCGUCACACCAGCAUCCAGCACGGAUGACGAAAUCGCGGCCAUUAACUACUCGGACGCGGGCUGACAAGCCACCACCGCAUCAAUUAUGACCCAAGCUGUGAUUGCGAGAGCUGUUAAUUACAGUGCGCAUAUGGUCCCACGGCAGCCACGUGCUAUAAACACUGCACUCCUUGCGCCACCAUUAUCCUUAUCUGAGACUGUCUCUGAUGUCGGAUUCGAGUGAGAACCCGAGACGUCAGGCCCAUAAAUUUCUUGAUCCAAUGAUCACACCUUCGUCUUUUGAAACGACAAUGAGCCAGAAAGAGACGGGUGAAAUAAGUCACUAUGAACAGGACCUAUCUAUACAGCGGGUGCGAAAGCGUAUAUAUGAGCCAGACAAGUACCAGCGCACUCUGGGCUAUGAGUGCCAUGCUUUGCUGAAUCACGGCAUAGCAACCGCAUACAGUCCUUAAAGCCGGAAGGGCGAAACGCACCCUGCAUUUGCCUGGGCCAUCAAAAUUCAAAGGCUGAAUAAUCAACCAAUCAUUGACUAGGAGGCACUAACCAUACACACACACCUAUUCCGCACAAGUGUGGGAGUGCCAGAGGUCGAGUUAAGAAUGAACCGUGGCUGCCUGAAUCUCACCUCAUCAGCCCGCCACUCUACAUGCAAACGCACACAAUUUGGCUGACUGAGUUGAGGCGCAACGUGAUAAUCUCAGAUUUGGACUUCAUAUUCGGCAGAGGAGCCACAUGCAGAAGAGGCCGAGACGCACACUUCUCACUUGCCAGAGAGGUGUCAGUUGAGUGCCUUACGUUGUGUGGUGCAGGUGUUGGCGGGAGAGUGUGGUAGUGUGGUAUAGCCGGCGGUUGUCUACAGCAGGUUUUCACAGAUGCGCAUGUGACCUAGUUCGCCCAUGCGGUGGUUGGAUAUCCAGGAGCAAUGAGGGCAGCUGAGGCGGGUGCGGCGAGGGCACAGCAGGUGAGCUAACUCGUGAAAUGUCAACCGAAAUUCCGAAAUGUGUUUUCGUUUGGAAAAGAUUAAUUAAGCAGGGUUGUAAAACCAAUCACCGUGCAGCAUAAUUCUAUUACAUUUCAGCUACCACAGGAUGCCGGCUUUCAAACAAACUUCUUUUCGGCUACAUGCGGGAACUACACUCUGCAAAAAAUGACUGCUUAAAUAACAUGCAUCUUUCUCUUUGAUUUUCGAUGCCCUUAGAAGUUUAAUUCUAUUUCAUGGAAAACGCAUUAAAAUAUUCACUAUUCUACUCAUUCGGUCGGAAAACACGUCUUCUUUCAAUUUUAUGCGCAAAGAAAUGGUUUAAUUCGGUUUCAGAAAACUCUUUUCAAUUCCCGAAUAAUUUUGAACUCCACCUGCCGCUACACUUGGAUUCAGGGUUUCAAAAAUACAAGCCGUAUAUUUUCCGCGUACGGAAAACCACGCAUUUCUCUAUGGUAAUAAAGGAGAGCCCUAUAGGGUUCAUAACAUGUAGCAGUGGAUUUGAUCCAUAUUAGUAACUUUACAAGCCACAUUAGUAAAUGUAGAGACAUGACGUUUUAUGAACGGCCAUUUCACGGUAUUAAAAAAUCUCGCAAUUACAAACUUUUUUAAAACCGGAUUAAACCAUUUCUUUGCGCAUAAAAUUGAAAGAAGACGUGAUUUCCGACCGAAUAAGUAGAAAAAUGAAUAUUUUAAUGCAUGUUUACCAUGAAAUAGAAUUAAACUUUCAAGGGCAUCGAAAAACAAAAGAAAGAUGCGUGCUAAUUAAGCAGUCAUUUUUUGUAGAGUGUACUUCCCGCAUGCAGCCGAAAAGAAGUUUGUUUGAAAACCGGCAUCCUGUGGUAGCUGAACUGUAAUAGAAUUAUUCUGCACGGUGGUUGGUUUUACAACCCCACUUAAUUAAUCUUUUCGAAACGAAAACGCAUUUCGGAAUUUCGGUUGAAAUUUAACGAGUUAGCCCACCUACUGUAUGUGUGUGUGUGCGCCAGGCACUGGUUCGCCAGUCUCUGUGCGAUGGAUUCACUAGUGACCGAUUGGGCCGAUGUCUGAGGUGAAUGUAAGGGGAUAUUGUGGGCAGUAUAGGUCUGGAGCAACGGCGUCGGUCUCCGCUGCCGUCGGUUUACGUACUUUGGGGAUGGGACAUCGGUUGGGUUAGGUGUGUCGAGACAGGACUUCAAGAAUUCUGAGUCUCCGCUAUGUCAUGAUUUAGCAAACCGUGAUCAUGGUAGCCUGGUGUGCGCUAGAAACUCUCUGGUUCCCUGUUGGUAGAUGAGCUCGCGCUCCCGCUGUGUACACAGGUCAUGAGCAUGGCUGCUCAAUAUGUGGAUAAAAUCCUGACCAAGUGUUAUUUGUGGACCAGAGAAUACGGUGGUACGCCUAGUUGCGGGUCCUGCCGUGUCAGCCACCUCCCCGCCCCCGGUCUUCUUGACUAUGCCUUGACACCGGCUCCAGGUGGGGGAGGAGGGGACAGUGAGGUAAAUGCAGCGCAAGUCCACACUCACAAGGAACUUACGCACGUGCAUGCGACUGUGCCUACUACAGCUUGGCGUAGAGCACACAACGAUAUCGUCGGCAACGACGGUCAAACCGUCGUGUCGGGAGUGCGAUGGAUCCAGCUCACGUUGACAUGCAUAUGACGCAGUAGGCCCAUGCUGUGUGUGAAUGUGCUGGGAGAGUGUGGACAGUGGUGGCGUAUACGGCGAAUGUGGGUUGGUGCUCCAGUCAAUUGUUCGCCCGUCUCUGUACGAUGAAUUCGCAGGCGACCGGCCAGACCGACGUGUGAGAUGAAUGUGCGUUCGCAAUGAGGACAGGUGUGGGCUGAGGUCACAUUGCUAGAUUUGAGGGUGCUGGUGAUCGUGGUGGUGGUGGUGGUGGUGGUGGUGGUGAUGGUGGUGGUGGUGGUGGUGGUGGUGGUGAUGAUGAUGAUGAUGAUGGUGAUGGUGAUGGUGAUGGUGACGGUGGUGUUGGUGGUGAUGGUGGUGGUGGUGAUGGUGGUGGUGGUGGCGGUGGUAGUGGUAGAUGGUUAUGGGACGUCGGACGUCGUCCCAUCGGUAGGGAGAGUGCAUGA